CCCCCUUUAAGGAACAUAAUAGAAUAUUGAUGCUAGUUAUUGAUCAUUUAACCAUGCAAGGGUGGUACAGCGUUGGAUGCAGUAGAGAAAGCUGUGAACAGUAUGGAGGACAAUCCAAUUUUCAAUGCAGGUCAUGGAGCUGUUCUCAAUGAGAUUGGCCAAGUGGAAUGUGAUGCAAUGAUCAUGGAUGGAUCAACUUUAAAUUCAGGUCUAUUGAGUAAUUGCUUCCAUAAUAUCCAAAUGCACCAUAAAAGUUUGCGAAGCCUGCGAUAUUUCUUGAUGCACAUGUUCAAACACGCAUCAAGGUGAUGCGAACGAGAUGUUGCAUGAUAUGGCAUAUCAACUUGUUGGUAGACGUUGGUCAAAUGACUCAAAUCAUGGAUUGUAAAAUAACAAUUUAAUCCAUGGUCAAAUUUAGCAAAUAUCCUCCCACUUGUGCAGGCUCAAAUUGUCAGAGGACAUCUUACCAGCUCUGUAUCAAACACAAAGCACGAUUUGGUCGGUCAAAAUGACCGGCCGCGGUCAGUAUAAUCUGCAGACUGCAGACCAAGUACAAAAUGCAGAAUAGGUAUAAAUUGCAGACUGAAAUUACAGACUUGGUAUAAAAUACAGACUGUGAAAGAACGUAUAUUUUAAUAUGUCAUACUGUCAUGAAGUUCAAAUUUGAUUUACAACUUCGAGUUUUGCGGUUCAUUGUCGAUGCAUGUUAAUGUAUAAGCUUUGAUGCUUUAUAUAAAAAGGUUUAGAAUGAUUUUCAAGAUAUUUUUUAGUGAAAAUUAUUGCAAAAUUUAAGCACAACAGAAUCAUAAUAUUACUGCUAUAGUCAGGCGUAAGCGGGUUUAAUACACAAUUUGUUUUUUCUCAAACUUAAAAGUCAUUCACUACACAAAUUUAUUUUUGUGAUGGUUUGUUGUUUCUUUUAGUUUGUGUAUCUAGCUCAUUUUAGUUCAAUAUUCUUCUUUACUCUUUAGGUAUUAAAUACGAUUUAAAAUGUCUUAAUUUUGCUCAUGUUUGCUAUAUUUAGCAGUUCCCACAGCUCUCGUGACAUAAAACUGACAUUUGAGUCUUAGAUUAUAUUUUGGUAAGUCGCAUAAUUUUGAAAACGGGUGUAUAUAACGUGUAUUUUUGUACGUUUUUUUUUUCAGUCUGCAUUUUAUACCAAGUCUGCAAUUUCAGUCUGCAAUUUAUACCUAUUCUUAAUUCUGCAUUUUGUACUUGGUCUGCAGUCUGUAGAUUAUACUGGCCGUGACCGGCCGUUAUUUUGAGCCCUGCAAAGCUUUCAAUUUUACAUCGCAUUACAUUUAAAAAUGAGCCUGUUGCACUAAAACAUGAUAUUAAAACUACUUGCUAGUGGAGUUGAAUAAUUGAAUAAAUAUUAAAUAAAACCAUUUUAGGCGCGGUUUUGGCAGUUAGUCAAUUCUCAAACCCUGUCUCGCUAGCAAGACGUGUGAUGGAAGAGACACCUCAUUGUGCUCUCAACAUCGAAGGCUGCCUUGCCUUUGCAAAGAAAAUUGGAUACCCCAUUUUAAAAGAUCCAAUGGAGCUUGUGACGGAACAGGCGAAGAUGAAAGGGAACGCAUUUAGUAAAUAUAAUAAUGCUGUUCAUUCACACAGGGAGGGGAGGUCUACAGAGGAAUACCACGACACUGUCGGCGCUGUUGCUAUGGAUACCUCUGGCUGUAUUGCAUGUGCUACAUCAACAGGUAAGCAUAGGUUUCCAUUUGGGUUGUCUGAUGACAUUGGAUACAUGGCUGAUGAUCGCUGCAAUCAAUAAACUUAAGAUUGACUUGCUUACAGCACACAAAAAUAUAAAAUACAAUUCGCAAUUGUUACACGCACAUAUACCAAACGUACUGUACAUCAUCAUCAAGCCCACUACCCAAAUUUAGAGCAUAUGCCGUCGACAAGAGUUUUCCAUGUGUCUCUGUCCUGUGCCAUUCUCGCAAGUUGUCCCCAGGUGUAACCCAUCUUCUUGGUGCCAGCUUCUAGGUCUCGGCGCCAGGUGUUUCUGGUCGGCCCUUUUCCCUUGAGGAUUCCAUGUGAGGGCCUGUCCUGUGGUGUUGGAUGUUGGUUUGCACAGUGUAUGUCCCAGCCAUCUCCAUCUCAUAUAAUUUAAGAAAUUCUGAUUUCAGAAUACCGCGUUUUAAUACGGUAAAAUAUGGAAAACACUCAAUUAGAUACUUAGGACCUUUUUUAUGGUCAAAGUUAAGUAAAGAAGUUAAAAACAAAAAGUUAGGAACAUCAGUACAUUGAACGUUUUCAAGAGUGUUGUUGUUUAGAGGAUGGCGGUUGUAGAAACUGCUAUCUAUGUAAUAAUUAGGGAUUGGUAUUGUAAAUUUAUCUACUCAUAGCUAGUAUACGUAUAAGUAUACUUUUUUUUUGCAUAACAGUAGCUUUAAUCUGCUAAACGCUAGAAUGUUUUGACACACAAAUAAAGUUUCUUAUGUUAUCUUAUCUUCUUUUCUGUAUCUCUUCGUCUGCUGGGGUCUGGCUGGUCCUCUCCCAUAGGUCUUUGUACAUACUUAGUAAAUUUUACUGCUAUAUUUCUAGGGGGUAUACCCGCCAAGAUGCAAGGACGUAUCGGUGACUCCCCUAUGAUUGGCUGCGGAGGUUAUGCAAAUGAAUACGGUGGAUCUUCCACGACUGGUCACGGAGAAUCUUUAAUGAAAAUAACUCUGGCUAGAGAAGCUGUGUAUAACAUUGAGAAGGGAAAUAAUGCGCAGGUGAUUGCUAAUGCUGAACUAAACUUUAUGUAAUAUUUUUUUGUGUGUGUUUUCAGGGACGUCGCUAAGGCAUCAACAUUUGGGUGUCGUCAUCUUUUGACCAACAUUUAACAGUAAAAAUUUUUCUGGACUAAUAUAAACAUAUUUAAAAAAUUUUAUAUAAGCAAGGCUUGCCAAUUUUUCACCACAAUUUACCGACUUUGACCUUAAAUUUUAAGCAAAUACCAGUUCCAUUUUGACCAACUUUGACCAACGUUUGAAUUAUUAGGGGGGGGGGGCUGUUACACCCCCCGGUAGCGACGUCCCUGUGUGUUUUGAUGUUAUGUACUCAGGUGAAUAUGAUGUUUUUGAUGUUACUCUGAGUGUAUAUCCACACCGGGCAGGCUGAAAAGUUAGCCUUACCAACGGUGGGAAUUGAACCCGCCACCUUUGGGAUACCAGUCCAAUGCCCUGCCAACUGAGCUACGAGGCCAAAUCUGUUCGAGUGUGUGGUAUUUCGGAACUAAGUCUAGUACCUUCGAUACCAAUGUGUUUUAUGAUCAUGAUAAUAUACAUAUUUUUGGACUAGUAUCCCAAAGGUCGCUGGUUCGAUUCCCACCGUUGGUCAGGCUAACUUUUCAGCCUGCCCCGUGUGGAUAUACACUCAGAGUAACGUCAAAAACAUUUUAUGUAAUAUUUCAAUAAAUCCGACUAUGAGAACUGAAUUACAUGCUUAGAAAUGUCCUGACUGUGUCAGUAACAUGUUCUGUUUUACGUUUCGCCCAGAUUUCGUCCGAAGAAGCAGUUCAAAGGAUGGAAACACGUAUAAACGGCUAUGGCGGCGUUAUAGUAAUAGAUGAAGAUGGAAACUUUGGGAAGGCGUUCAACACAAAGAGAAUGGCAUGGGCUACAGUCAAGGACGAUGUAUUGCAAUACGGUUUGAAACCUAAUGAAUGUAUUAAAGUCGACUUGAAGUAAUAUAAUAUGAACUGUGGAUUAGAGUAGCUGUAUAGACCCAUUGCACUGACGUCACAAAUCCUUAGAGUGUCCUCCAGAUGCUCCCUAACAAUAUCUGUUCGGGUACAACGACCACAUACAGCGCAAAAAUUAACCAUUUUAAUACAAAAUUAUUAUGAAGUUUUACAAAAUUUGCUUUGUUUACAAAAGUUAUAUAGUAUGCUAAUUUGUCCUCCAGGGGCUGGUUGUUCAAAGCUGGGUUGGCAUAACCUAGGUUAACUUAAAAUUCAAAACAAACUUCCCAAGAACUUGUUUAUAAAUUGGGAAAUAAAAGUUCAGAGAUCUUGUCUGAAUCAGUAGGAGUUUUCUUCUCUGAAGUUUUGAAAUAACAGACGUGCAGAAAUACAUAAACUAAAAAAGUUGUUUAAAUUUUAAUCGAGGGUUAGCGUUAACCCAGCUUUGAACAAUCAACCGUAGAUGCAUCAUCACCGGCGUGUGACGUCAUUUGCGGCCCGGGUUUAUUGUUAAAUGUCGAUAUGAAGUUAUACAGGGUGUCCCAAAAAAGUCCCCGUGUAGAGAUCACGACACCUUUGGGAAUUUAAUUUUUAUUGUACAUGAACGGCGGAAGUAUUUCAAAAGUCCCCUUCGUCCAAAUAAUGUAACACUUCGGUUACACUUUCAGUUAACGUACAAAUUCCCAGAGGUGUGACAACGCACGUUUAACAACAAAAGGGUGAUUUCUAUAGGGGAACUGGACUUUUUUUGGGACACCCUGUACAGACCAUUUGCAAAAUUACUAAAGACACAAUAGCCGGAAAUAAUGGUGGCAUCUUGGAACCCAGAACCUUUUUCAGACCUGGCAUUUUUUUGGCGUUGCAUAAUGCUCACAGGCACAGAAAAGAAUUUAUUAUGAAGAAUAGUUACUUGUGAGUAAACACAUGUUUUUAACUAUCCAUGGUUGAAUACUAAUACUAGCUGAAUAAAUAUAGCGAGAAAAAAAAUCGCCGUGAGAAAGUAGGAAGCGAUCCAAUUUUUUCAUGGCGGAUUUUUUUGAAGUGUGAAACUCACUGCUUGCACUUGCAAUAGACCCUUCCUCUUUUGAGUGAAACUUUGAUCUAGACAAGUCUGGACAAAAAUUUCAUCACAGCUUGAAAGAGCAUCACAAAAUUAGUAAUAUUCCGAAGUUUCGUUGCGAAAUGUUGUAAAAUGCGGAUAAUAUAGCCUUGCGAAGUUUGCCGUUUUUCAGUCAUUUUGCUUCGGAAUAUUACUAAUUUUGUGAUGCUCUUUCAAGCUGUGAUGAAAUUUUUGUCCAGGCAUAUCUGGAUCAAAAUUUCACUCAUAAGGGGAAAGGUCUAUUCGAUUGAGUCGUCAUGGAAGGAAAUGUUAGAUUUCAGCCUGAGCCUUGUAUAUCCAAACCUAUGGUAAUUACGUACGUGCCACACUCUUGGAG